UAUGAUAUGGAUGCAUGGAAGCAAGAAAUCCCAGAAGAGGUGAAGGAGAGCCACCUUGAAACAGCAACAGAGUGGUGCCUCAAACGACUGAUCUCGCUCAAGACAUCUUACAGCAUUGUGUUUCCUGCUCUAACAAACAUUGCUGAAGUCUGUUUGUCAAUGGCCGUUUCUAACGCAUGGCCAGAAAGAGGUGGCAGCGCCCUGAAACGUAUCAAGACUCGGCUGAGAAACCGGCUAAGUGUUACCAUGCUUCAAUCUCUUCUAAUGAUCACUAUUAAUGGUCCCAAGGUUGGAACCUCAGAAUGUGAAUCCCUUGUCACAGCCGCAGUAGAGAAGUGGCAAAACCAGAAGAAGAGGCGAAAAAUGCCAAAGAUCAGAGUGUCGUCAACUGUUGCAGCCUCUACCUCCCCACAACUGGCAGAAAAUGAUGUGAUCGAGACAGCUGAUGCCUGUGUGCAAACACACCCGUCCCAGGCUGGUGAUAACAUAGAUGGUGAAUUGGAGGUGCAGAUUGCUAGUGCCGCCCUGAACCUGACUGAUGAUGCUUUGUGCCAAGAAGAAGCAGACUCUGAUUACGAUAGCGAUUGUGACGUCGACGAUGUUGAUGAUGCCUUAUUUUUAUAAAUUACAUGACUUGGUUUUGAUUUUGUUGUAAAGUAUAGUCUGUCAAAUGUAGCGUAAUGAACUCAAACAGUCAAAUUGUUUGUCAUGCUAGCAUAGACAAUGAACUUUGUAAUUUUUGAACUGUACCUUCCCAAAUCAAAUUGUUUGUGAAUCAAAUUGCAAUCAACUUUUAAAACGUGACUAGGCAGUGUGACGUAAAAUAAGACUGAGCUAAAUUUGUCAAAGAACAGCAAGUGGAACUUUUUAAGUGGAUUUUUCACUGAAUUUUACCUUAAUGUACAUCUGAAAAUUCCCCUUGAAAACAUGCUCAAAUUCCAGGAAAUGGACACCUUAGCAACUGUAUAUUUCAAAACUUUUCCGGGGGGCAUGCCCUAGAUAGGGGCGCUGCGCACCCCAGAACGCACGCUACACGUGCUAGCCCUUUACUAACCGGCUACUUUCUUGAGAUCAGACAGCUACUUUAAAUUCUACUGACA